AUGGCCGGCCGCCGCCGCCUCCUCAUCCCGCUGCCGGUGGUCGCCGGAGCCGUGCCCGAGCCCGGACGGUGGGACGCCAACGUCGGCUACGGCUCCAAGCCGCUAAUAUUUAGAAAAACCGUGUUUAAUUCGACUGAGAUCAAGCUGAAAAUUAAUUCAUUCAGCUGCCCUGAUCCCGUGUCGUUUACCGUAGAGUGGUUUCUGAAAUAUCACGCCUGUCGCAACGAAUUUAUCCACCUGGGAGAUAUGUUGGAAAAAAAUACCAUCACUGGUGAUAAGGACUUCUGUGCCGAUGAUCUCCAAGGCAAGCAUUGUAUAAAACAAAAAAAUGAAAACUUGAAGUGCGACAGUGAAUUGCAGAUAUUUCCUAUGCUGCAUAUUUCCAGUAAUCAUGCGAAGGGACAGCAAGCAAAUACAUUUACAAAGAACCAGGAAAUGGACAGAAAUACGCAGUGGAUAUUUAGAUGGACUGAUGCCAAGAAUUACGCAUCGGUGCUUAAUUGUGCUUUAGAGAGGGGAAAAAUGAGAUCGUAUAUCCACAAAUUGUUUUAAUUGAAGAACUUGAGAUUCC